UUAGAACGCGUUGGCUGAAGAGAAAGGGAGACAGAGAGAGAGAGAGUCGUUAACAUACAGAUCCGGUGGAGUAGGGAGAUGCAGAGCACCGGCAACAGAGAUUGCUGUCUCGCUGGCCCGAUUUGCAUUUCGGCGUAAGUCUGAUCGGAGAAACAGAAAUCGCUUGCCGGAGGUCUUUGUUCGGAGUUGAGCACUCCGAUCUCCACCGCUGCUAUAUAUAUUUUGGUGAAAAAUCCGGCGGACGUGAGGACUCCUGCUUCCGGCGCUGGCUGAAUAUUUCCGGGAAAUGGUGUUGUCAAGGUUUAGUUUGAAUUAAAAUAUGGAGAAGAAAAGAGCAGAUGAAAGUGUGCAAGUGUCAGCUCCAGGAAGAUUAGACAGAUUCGGGUUUGUAAAACAGGAACAUAACUCCCCCUCCCCUGAUGGGCCCCCCAAAAACAAGUCGGCUUUGGAGUAUCAGAGGGAACAAAAACGAGUUAGAAAAUGGAGGAAAAUGAUUGGUGUUGGAGGUAGUGAUUGGAAGCAUUAUGUAAGAAGGAAACCACACGUUGUUAAAAGGCGUAUACGAAAAGGUAUCCCUGAUUGUUUGAGGGGUCUUGUCUGGCAAUUGAUCUCUGGAAGCCGGGACCUCUUGCUCAUGAACCCUGGUGUAUACGAACAACUAGUGAUAUAUGAGACAUCAGCUUCCGAGUUAGAUAUAAUACGCGAUAUAUCGCGUACUUUUCCAUCACAUGUGUUCUACCAACAACGACAUGGACCUGGUCAAAGAUCACUUUACAAUGUUUUAAAGGCCUACUCUGUGUACGACAGAGAGGUCGGAUAUGUACAGGGAAUGGGAUAUUUAGCUGGGCUUUUGCUGCUUUACAUGAGUGAAGAAGAUGCAUUUUGGCUAGUGGUGGCGUUACUCAAAGGAGCUGUUCAUGCUCCAAUGGAAGGAUUAUAUUUGGAGGGAUUGCCACUGGUUCAACAAUAUUUGUUUCAGUUUGAUCGUUUGAUGAGGGAGUAUAUGCCAAAAUUAGGCGAACAUUUUACAGAAGAAAUGAUAAAUCCAAGCAUGUAUGGAAGCCAGUGGUUUAUUACUGUUUUCUCCUAUUCUUUCCCUUUUCAUCUCGCUCUUCGAAUUUGGGAUGUUUUUCUUUACGAGGGUGUUAAGAUUGUUUUCAAAGUUGGCUUAGCUCUACUCAAAUAUUGCCAUGAUGACUUGGUGAAAUUACCAUUUGAGAAGCUUAUACAUGCUCUUCGUAACUUCCCUGAUGAUGCAAUGAAUCCAGAUACAUUGCUUCCAUUGGCCUACUCAUUUAAGGUAUCGAAGCGUUUGGAGGAACUUAAACAGGAGUAUGAGAAGAUACAUGGGAAGGUAGCAGAAUCUAAGUCGAAGCAAAAACAGCUGCAGCUGGCUUGAGCAGCAAAAACAGAUGCAUAUUAUUUUGUAAAUAUCUGGAAUUUGAUUUGAUUAUUGAUCUACACCAGUUUUUUGUAACUGGAGAUUAGAAUCUUGAAAUGGUGAUAGUGUAGUGUGAGAAAUGUUUACAUUUUGAGUGGCAUUGUUCAUGUUUGAAA